CAACAAAAAAGACAAUAAUAAAAUAAAGGUGAUUUAAUAAUCUACUAUGCGUGUCAGAGCACAAUCAUCACAAUAAAUAACUUUUUUAUUCAGAUAAUUAAAAUAAAGAUGUGUAUAUUGUUUAAUACCUAUCAAUGUAAAUUAAAUUAAAAAUAGUCAAUUCAACCUGUAAACCAUCUAGUUCAUUGUAUCACUUCUCAUGUAAUCAUUAUUUAAAAAGAUGGAUAUUUUCUGUAAAACUAAAUGUUUUACAUCAAUUCAUACUAUAAUUAUGACAAAAUGUAUAACUUUAUUAAUUAUUUAUGGACUGAUAACUAUUACAAUAUCUCCUACAAUUAUAACUUGUCAAAAGAUUAGUUGGGGCCUUGUUCAUUCAAUUUCACAACUGAGGGAAUUACUUAUCACAGAUAUACCAGAUGAUAAUCUUCAAUCAAACAGUUUAUUACAAUCUUCAGAGAAUAAUAAUGUUAAACAGAAACAUGAUGCUAUUGAUGGUGAUUCAACAUUAGUAAAUAGAUUAGAUAAAACUAAUCACAAUACUGAAGUAUAUCAUCGUCAGACAAAUUCUGACUUACGUUUUGUAGAAGCAUCAAAAUCACAAAGUUUAAAUUAUCCACAAACAAACAGAAAUUAUAUGAAUCCAGAUUUAAACACAGAUAAUUAUAAUCAUGAACGAUUAAAUCAAACUCAGUUAAAACAAACAAUUCAAGAUAUGAACAAUAAUAAUGACAAUAUGAUGACAACAGAAACAUUUGUCGGUCCCGAUGGAAAAUUACAAAUGAGUAUAUGUGAUCAUCCGAAUGGAUUUUUACGAAGACAAAAAAAAUUAUGCCGUCAGUAUUUGCAUUUAAUGGAAAGUGUGAUACGUGGUUAUUUUAUGGGUUUAAAAGAAUGUGAAUAUCAGUUUUCUGCACACCGAUGGAAUUGUCAAGGUCAUAAUUUAACUAUUCGAACAGCACCGAAUAAUGGAAUACAGAAACGUCUAAGAUAUAGAGAAUCUGAACCGAAGAGUGAUUUGGACAAUUCACAAAGAAAAUCUGUACGUAUACAAACAUACUUAGAUAAACUAUUAUCAAAAGGUACAAGGGAAUCUGCUUAUGUUUUGGCUGUCACAUCGGCUGGUGUGUCACAUGCAGUCACUAAAGCAUGUAGUAGUGGUUUACAUGAUAAUUGUGGAUGUGACAGGACAAUAUAUGAUCAUCCUAGAGAGCCGAAUUUUGAAUGGUCCGGCUGUUCAGACAAUAUAUAUUUCGGAGCAGAAUUUUCAAGACAAUUUCUCGACGUGCGUGAACGCAACAGGUUGAAGCGUAAUCCGAAAUUAGGCCUAACCAAUUUACAUAAUAACUAUGUAGGAAGACAUAUGGUUAUCAAUAAAAUGGAAGUUCAGUGUAAAUGUCAUGGUGUAAGUGGAUCAUGUGAGAUGCGUACAUGCUGGAGAUCGCUACCGAAAUUUCGACAUUUAGGUGCACAACUACAAGAAAGAUUUCAUGAAGCUAUACAGGUCGCUUAUAUGCAAAACCGUUUGGUUUCAAUGAAAGCUUUAGAACAGUUAAAUAAAGAAUCAAACGGAAACGCGCUUUUACUUUCGCACCCCGCUUUAUUACCAUCGUCAGUAUCUGGAGCAUCAUCAUCUGGAGCAGCAAUGUCAUCACGAGUUAAUCGAAAUACCUUUGAUUCGUUAACUAGUUCAACAUCACUAUCUCCAUCAUCUUUACCAUCACCAACAGAAAAUGAUUUAAUUUAUAUAAGCGAAUCACCAACAUUUUGUCAUCAUGACCCGCGGUACGGCAGUAUCGGUACAUAUGGACGUCAAUGUGACGAAAAUUCCCAAGGUUUAAAUAGUUGUCAUUAUUUAUGCUGUGGUCGAGGAUUUAAACGGCAAACAUUUGUUCAACAGGAAAGAUGUGAUUGUAAAUUUCAAUGGUGCUGUAAAGUUGUCUGUAAGACAUGCCGUAAAACAGUGGUCAUAUCAACAUGUAAUUAAUAACUAUGAAUAUGCACAUAUAAAUGCAUCAUUUUACGGUUUGAAAUCAUUUUAUGUGUUUGUUUUCACUUUCGUACACUAAAUUCCCUACCUCUAUGAUUCUCUUCACAUCUAUUCCAAAAAUGCUUUUCUCCCAUUCUUGUAUUACAAAAAUGUCUGUAUUGAAAUUGGAUCCAUUGCUAAUAGUGACAAAAUAGCAAUCACAGUCAUCAUGAUACUAUUAAAAUGCCUAAACCCAACAGGAGAGAUUACAAUCAAUUGUGACAUGUUGAAAACAAAUAAAAAACUCAUCAAGUUGUUGGUAUUUUACUACAUGAAGGAAAUUAGAAGACUAUCAUGAAUAAUCAGAAAUAAACUUUUUUUAAUGAGUUUAGUGUGAGUAGUACAGAAAACUGAAAAAGACCAAAAUAAACAAAUGAAUAUACAUAAUUUACUGUUUUUCUCAAUUCACUCUUUUCUUGUUCACUGUUUUUGUUGUAAAUGUUUAUUUUCUUAAUAUACUAACUAUAACAUGUGUAUAUUCUAUUUAUAGUCACUCAUUCACCAAAUCAAUCAGUUAAUCACAAUUCAUUAUUCUUAAUCUUUAUAUGAUAAAACAAAGCAUAAAAUGAACACCAUGAAUGAUCAUAAAACGAACUCAUCUGUUGUAUUUUAAUAUACAAAUACAUAUUCAUUUUGAUCUGUCCAAUAUACAAACAUGUAAACAUUCAGCUAUUUAUGAGUAAAAAAUACAUAGUGAAAGGUUACGUUCUGAAGUUGGUCUUUGUCUAAACACUUCCUUGUGAUUAAUUGAUAUUAUCAACAACAUGAAAGUAUCCAACUUAAUGAGAAAGUACUGAUUUUCAGAAUUAUCAACACUUUAAAAAAUACUACUUAUGAGUAGCCCAAAUAAAAAUUCUAAAUCAUUUGACUGAUGAGAGUUAUAUAAUCGUUGAUUAAGGUACCGGAGGAAAAUUUAGUUUUAUUUUCUGACUGAUAUCAUUUGUAUAAGCAUGGAAAUCCUGGGAUCAGAUAUUGACACAUAUAUUCAUCGUUAAUAUUCUAGUACACAGAACGUCUUCAUUUAUAGUUGUUAAGUACAACAUUGAGUGAAAAUUCAUACGUACCAGACACAUUCUGCACCCUUGAAACCAAUAUCACGAAUAUACUGUUAAGUCAAUUGAAUCGAUAACAGAUCGUUUGAUUCUCACUUGAUAGGGAAAUAGCAAUCAUUGUGUGACACUAAGCUCCUAUAUGUAGUGGUUUCAGGAGACCAGGAAUAAGGUCCCACGUACUCGAAUUGUUUGCAUUAGAUGAACGAGGUGACAAAUGAACGUGAGAAGGGUUAGUAGUGGAGAUAGGAGUUAUUAAGAGGUAUAGGAAGAAUUUGAUAGUGACCAACUUGGUCUCGUGUGCUGUUACGGGUAUGAGAGCCGAUGUCACUUCCCGGCUUCCCACAGCGUAGAAGGGUAUUUAUUGAGUAACCUGAAAAGGAGGUUUGAUUAGUAGUGGUUUUAACGACCAGGGAGCGUGAUCCCAGAGCCCAAGGGACAACUGCUUGAGGCUGGUCACGCACGGUCCUUUCGUGGGAGGUUUUUAACGUGUUACCUCCGUUCUUCGGAAGGCCUUACCGUCAGAGACGGAAAUCCGUGAGGUAAGGUGAGGUGUGACAUAUCUAAACGCGACCUUUUCUAACCCCUUCCUUCCUUGUGGGAAGGCAGCAUCGCUGCAGAUGCUGGUUGUCCAAAGGAAACACCUUACUGCUGUCACACCCCUCUACAGUCAGCAGAACGACUUCGCUCUCAGACCUUGAGUUGCUGCUUUUAGUCUUACCGUUCUCCAAUCGACCUGCCUGGCAUGGUAAGACUUAUAAGAACAUAUGUUCCAGCCAAUAUAGCCCGGUUGGGUCAUUACGUAGGCAAUCCCGACCACCACGUCAAGGUAGCAGCUACGGCUGCUUACAACAAAACGAUCUAGAAUCCUACAGUUUUGUUAAGUGCGAAGUAUUGUCUACACUGUGUCAAAUUGAGAGGCUCAUGAUGCUAAUUUUGGAGUGUUAUUCUCUAAACCUAAAUGAAUAGUGUCUGCUACAUAGGUAGAAAUAUCAAGGACAUAGGAAACUUGUUGAGUGAAAAUAUAAGAAGACAAAUAAUAUGCAGGAGGUAUUAAGAUGAAUUUGAGAGUAAAGUCAAAUGUUAAAUAUGUUGCUCUUAAGUAAACGACCACCCUUUAUGAAAUAUCUGCAGAAAAGUCUUAAUUCAGUUUAUCGAUCCGAUUUGAGAAACUGGUCCUUCAGUACGAAAAACUGGCCACUUUUUUACAACAUACAGUUUAUGUAGACCAAGAGUACCAUCCUCGCUAAAUAGUUUUAAUUCUUCUUUUAACCAAUAAUGUUGCUAGGCACCAAUUACGUCCUCAAAACGGAACUUGUUACUUCUCUGGCUUUUAUAAAUGAAAUAAAAAUGCAACUCGUUUACCAAGUACAGAUUUAUGCGCUUAGCUUUGAGCCGAAUCAUUUAUGUGACGCCAACCAAAUUUUCAAUCUUUUAGAAAUUAUCAUGUCAGCCUCGAUGACUCGGACAUAUGAACUGGUUACAAGGUUCUUCUAUGAAGAUAAAACAAAGAAUAGAGCACUAACCACACCAAAUAUUCUGAAGUCGAGGUUUGUUCAAACUAAAUUGUGAUAACCAACAAGCUUAAUGGAUG